AUGAAGCUCGCGACGUCGCCACCCGCAGCUGCGGCGUCGCCCGAGACGCCCGCACCGACCUCCUGGACUGCGCACGUGCUCAUCCACUACCGCUGGGUCUUUGUGUGCUUCUUCCUCCUCCCGCUCUCGUUCGUCUACGACAUUUUGUACUUUUUCCGGAGCCGCGUCAUCUUUUACCUCAACUCGGCGCCGCAUCAGCACAAGAACCGCGUCGCUAGCGUCCAACGCCAGCAGGUGCGGCAAUGGAUUGCGGGCGGCCGGGCGAUGCCCAUGUGCACGGCGCGGCCGGGCUGGCAGAACAUUUCGUAUCGCCGCGGCAAGUACAAGAAGACGCACUUUAACGUCAAAGUCGACAUGAUGGACAUUCUCGAAGUCAACCCGUCAACCAAGACGGUGCGCGUCGAACCGCUCGUGACCAUGGGCCAGCUCUCGGCGACGCUCAACCCGCUCGGGUGGACGCUCCCGAUCAUGCCGGAGCUCGACGACCUCACUGUCGGCGGCCUCGUCAUGGGCACGGGCAUCGAGACAUCGUCGCACCGCCAUGGCCUCUUCCAGCACAUCUGCAAGUCGUAUGAGCUCGUGCUCGCGGACGGGUCGGUGGUCACGUGCUCGAAAGAGUCAAACGCCGACCUCUUUUAUGCCGUCCCGUGGUCCUACGGCACGCUCGGUCUCCUCACGGCGGUCGAGAUUGAAAUCAUUCCGUGUCUUCCCUACGUCAAGAUCGAGUACACCCCCGUGACGUCGCUCGACGAGGCGUGCCGCGCGCUCAUGUUCUCGCUCGAGACGGGGGUUGUCAUGACCGGAGCCAUGGCGGCGUCGUACGAACCGACCAAGCUGAAUGCGAUUGGCACAUGGCACAAGCCGUGGUUCUUCAAGCACGUCGAGGGCAUUCUCGCCAAGCAGGAUGUCGUGACCGAGUACAUUCCUCUGCGCGACUACUACCAUCGUCACUCGCGCAGCAUCUUUUGGGAGCUUCAGGACAUUAUUCCGUUUGGCAACAACAUUGUCUUUCGUUACCUUCUGGGCUGGCUCGUGCCGCCCAAGGUGUCGCUCCUCAAGCUCACACAAGGCAAGGCGAUCAAGGAACUGUACGACAACCAUCACUUUAUCCAAGACAUGCUCGUGCCCCUCUCGACGCUCCAGCCCUCGCUGCAGUGCUUUCACGACCACGUCCAGAUCUACCCGCUGUGGCUCUGCCCGUUCAAGCUCCCAAAGGAGCCCGGCAUGCUCCAGACCAAGUCGUCCGACGAGAUUUUUGUCGACAUUGGCGCGUACGGAGUGCCGCAAGUCGGCAACUUCCACCCGAUUGAGACGACCCGCCGCGUCGAAGCGUUUGUUCGUGGCGUCUCGGGCUUCCAGAUGCUGUAUGCCGACUCGUACAUGACCGAGCCCGAGUUUGAAGCCAUGUUUGACCACACGCUGUACAAGAAGAUGCGCGCGGAGCUCCAGUGCGACGGCGCAUUCCCAACCGUCUACGGCAAAGUGGCUCGCGCCGUCCGCGACUAA